UCAUUUAAAGCCGCUUAGUGCUUUAUGCACAUGCUUUAAAAUAGAAUUAACUUUAUUAGUCAUCAUGGCCAAAACGUGAUUAUAAUUCUUUGUAGAGGACAUACUACGCAUGUUUACAAAAUGAAGCAAAGAGUGCACAAUGCAGCAUAUGAGAUGAGGUGCUAUAUUAGAUUCAUUUGGUUUUAUUUAAAUAAAUAAUUGUUCAAUUAAACAACGCUGGGUUGCCAUUUUUGUUUAUGAUUAUGAUAUUUCCGAUGCCACUGGAACGCAGCGUUUGCUCAGCGCAGGCCGCGCACGCAUAGCUGCUGCUGACGUCACCACUCCAUACAGGAAGUCAUGUCCCACCGUCUGCUCAAUGCAAAUGGAGGAGAAGGAAUCGAGCAAGGAGGCGACACCGUGAUGACAUCCGAUCGCCAGGCAUCAGUCGGACCUUGACCUGGAGAUUCAACAGCGGCGGUCGAACCAGUCCCCCGUCCUCCAUGCCUGCUCCCCCAGGCUACACCCGACUAGAGCAGAAUGAGCCUGUAAACCCUCUGCGUAUCUCCGUAGGAGGCCUCCCCAUGUUGGCUUCCAUGGCCAGCCCCACCGACCCCCGUUUCCGCCUCAAGUGGAAGCCCAUCGUGGCCGUGGCCCUCUCUGUACUCCUGCUCCUCAUGCUCUUCAUGCACCUGAGCUCUGGCCUGCACCCGCACUCCUACAGCGCGUCCAGCUGGAGAGGCGGCCCCGGCGGCCCCCAGGAGCCCGGCUCCCGCUACAACGACACGUACCCGCUCAGCGCCCCGGAGCGCACGCCGCAGGGCACCCGCUACCGCAUCGGCGUCAUCUCCGACCUGGACACGAACUCUCGCAGCGAGAAGCAGAUGACGUGGGUCAGCUAUAUGCGCCGGGGGUACCUGCUGGUGUCCCAGAGCGGCGACAGGGUGGAGGUGGAGUGGGACGCGGACAGGGUGGCGCUGGAGAGCCACCUGUCGGAGAAGGGGAGGGGGAUGGAGCUGUCUGAGCUGGUGGUGUUCAACGGGAAGCUCUACAGUGUGGAUGACAGAACGGGCGUAGUCUACCACAUCGACGGAGACAAGGCCGUGCCCUGGGUCAUCCUACCCGACGGCGAUGGCAGCGUUCCCAAAGGUUUCAAAGCCGAGUGGAUGGCAGUGAAGGACGAGCACCUGUACGUGGGUGGUCUGGGGAAGGAGUGGACCACCACCGAAGGCGAGUUCGUCAACAACAACCCAGAGUGGGUGAAGGUGGUGGGCUUCAGAGGGGACGUCCGCCACGAGAACUGGGUUCCCAAGUACAAGUUUCUGAAGACUGCCGCCGGGAUCGAGCCGCCAGGCUACCUGAUCCACGAGUCGGCGGCGUGGAGCGACACCCUGAAGCGCUGGUUCUUCCUGCCGCGCCGCGCCAGCAAGGAGCGCUACGAGGAGGUCGCCGACGAGCGCCGGGGCACCAACCUCGCGCUCAGCUGCUCGCCCGACUUUAGGAACAUCCUCGUGAGCCAGGUGGGCCCGCUCAAGCCCACCCACGGCUUCUCCUCCUUCAAGUUCGUCCCCAACACAGACGACCAGAUCAUCCUGGCGCUCAAGUCGGAAGAAGACGCCGGGAAGGUCGCGACGUACAUCACGGCCUUCACGCUCGACGGACGCGUGCUUUUGCCUGAGAGCAAGAUUGGGGACGUGAAAUACGAAGGCCUGGAGUUCAUCUAGGAGGUUCGGGGACUGAGGGACUCGCUGUCAAGGCCACCUCGCUGUGGUUCGUCUGUGUUUACAAUCCAGUCACUGUUGAAGUAACUCUACUCACUAAGGGAUCACCCUUGUUAAACAUAGAAGAAAUGAAGGCUAUGAGGGUCUUGGGAAGUGCCAGGCAGACCGAACAAUACCAGAACGCAGCCCUCAGCAACACUGUAGCCUUUCUAAUAAUGAAUGUACAGUAGAUUGAUUUACCAGACUGUGAUUUUUUUUUUUUGGGUUUGUCUAAACAAAGCUUCUCCAAUCCAGGUCCCGAGGACCACCGUCCUGCUUGUUUUAACGCUCCACCUACUGCCGGCUUUUUAGAUCAGGUUUGUGCAGGAACCGGCAGGACAGCGCCGGUGUGAAGCUUACAUGUGAAAGUACACUCUCAAAAGGUCAAAGGUCAUUUAUUCCCCUUUGCCCCAUUCUAAAGAAGCAACAUUCAGGCACACACCACAUCUCUUUGAGUGGCUAAAAUUUAGGUUUUCAUGUUCAUCAGGAUCAAUAUUUUUUGGGGGGGAAUUGAUUUAAUGAAUCAAAGUGUUUGUAAUGUUUUUUUGGUGAGCUGAGUAAAGUUGUUCUUCCAA